GUGACAGCAUUUGAGUUGCGAGGGACGAACAAAGGCGGUGGUAUUCGGUGAUCUAUUAUGAUUGCUGUGUAUCAAUAUUGAGGUUGUGUACAGUCAAAACACCCCGUCUGACGAGACAUAUACGGACAACAUAAUUUGUUUUAUCUCCAGCGGCCUAAUCGGCCGUCAGUUCAAUGUUAACGUGCAUCCUUUUAUACAACACACGUUGGAUGGAGCCAACAGCUGCCGUUGCUCUUCAACAAGCAGACGAGUUAGGCAGCGGAACCGUUCGAGUUAUUCUGCUGUAUAUGUCAAACGGAAUCCCUCUGCGUUCAACAUAGAUCUAUUGUAUAUCUCCUCUACGAUGCUGUGCGGUAAAACGUCAGAAUGUUUCCAUCACUGUGUAUAUUGGAAUGUAACAAUCUUGUGUUUUAUAUUGAUUCAAAUACAACCGUUACUGACGUAACCUAACGUUUCAUUACUGUUGUGUGUGUUUGCUAGUUAUUGACUCAUUACCUGGAUCAGCAAACAAUCUUCAAAGAGGUAAAUCAUCUAUUCGUGUAUCAGUUGUUUCUUGGAGUUACAUUGUUACUGUGCGUUGAAAGUGAAAUGAGAAGAUAUGGAAGAAAAGGAGAUUAUUUGUGAUGCAUGUGAAACCGACCAUGCUAUGAAGUAUGAGUCUAAUGCAGAUUUAUUUGGAGUUCAACUAGAGGUCACUCUCAAACUGUUGGAAGCAGAAAAGCGGAAGUUGGAAGUUUGGCAGAGAGAACUUAGCAGUACGCUCAGCCAUGACAACUCUAACAUGGGGAUACGUAGGAAGAAAGCAGUUCAACAGCUGGAAAUGAAUGUGAGCCGAAUCCAACAGCAGUAUAUUCAGUUAGAGCAAGAAUACAAAACAGCAGCAAUGGGGGCCAUCAAACGAAAGUCAAACAAGAAGCGGUCUUCCAGAAGUCAACCAGCCAUUGGCCUGAAGCAAACCCCAAAGUCUCGGCCAACAAUAUUUGGAACUAUUGCGAAAGAGAAAACGGCCCAGGAAGAUUCCAGGGUGAAAAGUGUUGGGCCACAGAUGAUCAGUCUGUCACAGAUGUUUGACCACCGGCUAGCUGGCUACAGUGCUAAAGUAGAUGGUCGCUUCUCUCAGAACGAGGCUUUGAUUUUCCGAGACGGCAAUCUGAUGGCCGGGUCUAUUGAGGCUCUAAUCCAGCACCUGGUGCCAACCACAAGUUAUCACCCUGAUAGAACCUAUGUUUUUGCCUUCCUGUUGAGUUCCCGGCUCUACAUUCGUCCACACAGCCUGCUAGGCGAAGUCUGUCAGGUAUGCAGCCUUCAACAAAACCUCUCUGAGGCAAACACUAACAGGGAACACUUAGGAAAGUUUGGUCCCAACAUCGUCCAGUUAUUAAGUGAGUGGGCCGAAAUGUUUCCUUACGAUUUCCGAGAUGAUAGGAUGAUGAACCAACUGAAAGAAAUCACACAACGAAUUGUAGCUAUUUAUCCCGAAUUACGUACCGAUGUCACAAACAUCAAACACAACCUAAUGAACAGGUUGGCAGGCUUACAGAAGUAUGAGGAAGAAUUGUCCAAAUGGAGUGAUCAAGCUCUAGAAAAAUCCAAAUCACAGGAGGUGCCCACGACGGACAUAACAGAGGUAUGUGGUAAUCCUUUAGAAUUUGCUCAACAACUCACACACAUAGAAUUGGAGCGGUUACGGUACAUCGGACCAGAAGAAUUUGUUCAAGCAUUUUCCAAAGAAUCUCAUAGUGCUGAGACGACGUACAGAGAUGUGAAGAAAACGUCCAAUUUAGAAGCCUAUGUCCAGUGGUUUAACAGGCUCAGUUACUUUGUAGCUACAGAAAUUUGCUCACAUUUAAAAAAGAAGAACCGAGUGAAAAUGAUAGAAUAUUUCACAGAUGUCGCUAAAGAGUGUAUCAACAUUGGCAACUUUAACUCAUUAAUGGCUAUUAUUGCUGGUAUGAACAUGAGUCCUGUCGCACGGUUAAAGAAAACGUGGGCAAAGGUGAACACGUCAAAGUUUGACAUCUUAGAGCACCAAAUGGACCCUUCCAACAACUUUGGUAGUUAUAGGUCGUGUUUGAAGGCUGCGAUGUGGAGAUCGGAUAGUGCUGCCACUGAUAGAGAAAAGAUUGUCAUUCCUUUCUUCAGUCUGUUUGUCAAAGACAUAUAUUUCCUCAAUGAGGGAUGCAAUAGCAAGUUAGCCAAUGGGAACAUCAACUUUGAGAAGUUUUGGCAGCUGGCAAAGCAUAUCUCCGACUUUAUCAGCUGGCAACAGGUCGAGUGUCCAUUCCAGAGAUCAGGCGAUGUCCUCAGCUACAUUCUCACCACGACAGUUUUCUCUGAAUCAACUCUCUCCCUGGCAUCUUAUGAAUGUGAAGCCCCAGAAACCAGCUUUGACAAGGAACGCCACAAAAAGCUUAAAGCACAGGUUGGAUUAUGACUAGUCCAGAACCCUGUCUUACACAGGAAAUCCAAGCGUAGGAAAUGAACAAAAGACAGUUGUGAAAUGUGAAAGGACACAAAAAAUUACAAAUAUCAGUCUUUCGACUUCGGGAGGGAGUGUACUGCAAUCCAGAGUUGUGUUCAGUAAACUCAUUUGUUAUAAGUCUCUGUGAGAUAACUUAUCUUGCUGGUCAAGAUAUGAAUGGACAUUCCAGAGUGUGGUAUCCAGGAUGUUUGGCAUCCUGGUCAUCCGGACUUGAUCCUGUGUCUCAGAAAUCGUUCCAGGAAAACCUAAAGUGCUACUUAUCAUGUAUUUAUAUCCCGGAACAGACUGAUAUUACUGGUCACAGAUCAGGAGGAUGGACGUAGCCAGUAUACCAUGUGGAGUAUGUGUGUGUGAGAGAAUCGUUAUAUUUAUAUGUAUGGUGGGCACACAGAGAGAUAGAAAAAUAUGCAGAGUAUAUUUAUAUUUCAUUAUUAAAGCUUAGAAAACAUAUUCAUUGGCACCUGGCACUUCCAAUUAGGGUAAGGGUUGAUAAUUUAGUCAUUUGAUAAGGUUAAUUGGGGUUAGACAGCCAAAAGUGAUAUUUUGGGGCAUACAAAUAUUUCAGAUGUGAUACAAAGUUGUUUAAGUCAGGUGUCAGUUAAGUUAGGUCUCCCCAGUCCUUAAUAUUUAAAAAUUGAUUUUGAAAUGGAAUCCUAAAAUGCAUUGUAUUAUACAUUUUUUUUAAUCUAAUUUAAGAGCAAAUGAUUAAUAUAUGAAAGUAUUUGGUUUUGUUCUGAAAUGUAGCUACCAGCCCAAAAUGUUCAAAUAAUAACAAAUAAUUUUAAUGUGGAACGGAUCUAAUAAUUGCUCAUAUAUUUUUAAGAUAUAAAAGAUUAAUAAUAAUUUUGAAAUUAUAAACAUAACUUAAAAAUCUCAAAACAAGGUUCAUUUAAUGAAUUUCUUUUUUUUGAUGAUGAAAAUUGUAAAAGACAAAAUUGUACACCAGUAUAUAUAAUUUAUAUAGAACAGAUAAAUGAUACAAUACUCAUUGUGAUAGUGUGAGAAGAAUGAAACUGGUGCUGAAAAGAUUGUCAUAUCUUAUGCAUUUAUCAUCCAGAUCUCUCAUUUUUAACUUUUGUGUUGUCUAUUGUUGUCCAGGUGUAAGUAAUCUUUCUUGUCAUGUAUAAUUGUCUCCCCUUAGUGUAGUUCUCCAACAACAUCUCAUAAUCUUACAAAAACUGCAGUGAAUCCUUUGGCAGUAGAAGAUAAAUACAUUUCUAGUUUUGUUAUAUAACAGACUUAUAGCUUAAUAACAAAUGAAAACUAGUACAUAUUUGUAGAUAAUGUAAAUACGUAGUAUUGUUUAGGAGAAAUUUAGACACAAACUUAAUCUUCUAAAUUUUAUUAGAUCUGCAAAUAAUAUUGCCUGCUAUCUGGUUGAUGUUGUUGAGAAUUAAUAAUGUAUUCUGCUCCAGAACGAUGAAAGGAGUUUAUCUUCCUCCUGACUUUGUAUUUAUUUGGGCUUUUGUAGAAUUCAUCCUACCUCCCCUGAAACUUAAUAAGGAAUGUCCCAUUCAUACAUACUAUUCCAAAUGGUAUACAUUUCUGGGAUGAUAGGAUGAAAUACAGUCUGUAUCAAAGUUCUAUGUUGUCUGUCUGACCAGUGACUUUUUUGUCUCUAUGAUUCUUCAACUAUUCCACUUUCGGAACUUCUUCGUCAUGAUUUCAUUUUAAGAAAAUUAUAUCCUUCAUGUAAAUUAUGUGUUUGAUCAGGGUACGAGACUCCAGUCCAUCCGAGGAUACAUCUAACGACAUGCUACUAUGUAGUCAAUUAAAGAUAGAUUUAUAUUUUACACAAUAUCAAUUUAUUGCUGAAAAUAAACUGUUAUUGAGUUAAUUUUUUUAUAACUAUUAAUUUAAAAAUGGCAAACAACAGAUAAGUCCUUCCAUGUGGAUGUGAUGUAAGAUUAUUUUUGUUUUCAUUUGUAUUUGUUAAUGUUAUUACCAGGUAUAUAUCACCAUUUAAUCUGUUCAAAGUUACUUAUGUGUGCAAUAACUAGAUGGAAAAUAAGGGGGUUGGUUAAAUAGGUUUGUAUAUCAUUCUAGAAAAUGAAAGUAUAUGGGUUGGUAUAAAGUAUAUAGAAAAUGAAAGUAGGAGAUUUGAGUAUAAACGCUGAAAAUGAAAGUAAGGGUUUUUGCCUAUUGACAUGGAUAGUGAAAGGUAGGACGUUUGGUGAUAAAUGUGGAAAAAGAAGUAGGAGUGAGACUUGUUUUAAUAUGAUAAUGGAGUAUCUGUUAUUAAAUUUAAUGGUAAUUAGUGCACAAAAUAUUUGCAAAAGAUUGCUGAUAAAUAAAAAUUGAAUAUUAAUUAUUUGAAAUAAUAUGGGAAUAUUUUGUGUUAUUCUGUGAUGUUGAAGUACUAGGUAAUGUACACACUAUGUGACUUUGUGCAAGAGGUUGUUAUUUAUAGCAUUAAAUCAUCAAAUUUUCAUCUUCAUUUAAUUUAUCUUCUGUUUGUUCACAAAUAUCAUCAUCAUUAGAUCUUCAUCUUUCAUCCUCAUUUAAAAUCAACUUGUAAGAUAAAUGACCAUGCUUAUUGUUAAAGAAUCAUUUAAGUUAAUAUUAAAUACGUUAUAAAUUUCACAUUGAAAAUUGUGUCAAGUUCUUGUUACCCUUUGUUAAAACAACACUGUAAAAAUAUGAAUUUAUUGAUGUAUAGAUAUCAACGUAUUCAUAAUUUUAGACAUGUUGAAUCUCUCAAUGAAUAAAACAUGAAAACUA